AUGAUAAAGUAUUUACUGCUUUUGGCAUUGGUCGGUAUGGCUGCGGCCGCAGUAGAAAUUGAAUGCCCGGAGGAUUCAGACCCCGAUAAUCCGACACUGAUUCGGCAUCCGACGCAGUGUAAUAUUUACUUCAUCUGCAUAAAUGGAGAGGCUGUGGAGCAGAUCUGUCCGGAAGAGUAUUUACUAGCAUUGGCAUUAGUCGGGAUGGCUGCGGCCAGUGUUACCGGGAUCUGUCCAUCCGAGGGAUCGUACAAAAUAGCUUUGCCGCGAAUGGCGACCCGUUUCAUACAGUGCACCGAGGGCGUUGCCAGCCUGGCGGAAUGCCAGCGUGGAACGAAAUUCGAUGCCGUCUCGGCAAGGUGUAUCGCGGCCGCAGCAGCCAAGGAUAUCGAAAUUGAAUGCCCGGAGGAUUCGGACCCGGAUAAUCCGACACGGAUUCGGCAUCCGACACAGUGUAAUAUUUACUUUAUUUGCAUCAACGGGGAGGCUGUGGAGCAGAUCUGUCCGGAAGGUACCUACUUUAAUCAGGAAACAGGCUUGUGUGAUGAAGCGGAAAAUGUUUUCUGUCCAUUCAGUCAUUAG